UCCUGCUGUCAGCGCUUGUGCUUCCGGAAGAAGCGGAAGAUAACAUUGGAGUUUCCCCAGUACAUUUUUUUUGUAGAGUACAAAGAGACAACAACAGCUUUGUUUGUCAUCGUUUGAAGUCGAAAACGCCAAGGACACCGGCAGCAUGUUUUCCUUCGAUGUCUUCGACCACCCGAUGCCACGGGCUUUUCAAAACCGCUUCUCCACUCAGUACCGCUGCUACUCGGUGUCCAUGCUGGCGGGUCCAAACGACAGGUCGGACGUGGAGAAAGGAGGCAAAAUAAUAAUGCCACCCUCUGCUCUCGACCAACUCAGUCGGCUCAACAUCACCUAUCCAAUGUUGUUCAAGUUAACCAACAAGAACUCAGACAGAAUGACCCACUGUGGUGUCCUGGAGUUCGUGGCGGAUGAGGGGAUCUGCUACCUACCACACUGGAUGAUGCAGAACCUCCUGCUGGAGGAGGGCGGUUUAGUCCAAGUAGAAAGUGUGAACCUCAUGGUGGCCACCUAUUCCAAGUUCCAGCCGCAAAGCCCAGACUUCCUGGACAUUACAAACCCCAAAGCAGUGUUGGAAAAUGCCUUGAGAAACUUUGCCUGCCUGACGACCGGAGAUGUCAUCGCAAUCAACUACAAUGAAAAGAUCUAUGAACUGCGAGUAAUGGAGACCAAGCCAGACAAAGCAGUGUCCAUCAUUGAGUGUGAUAUGAACGUGGAUUUUGACGCUCCACUGGGUUACAAAGAGCCUGAGAGACGGCCUCAACAUCAUGAGGAACCAACAGAGGAAGAAGGAGAUCCCAGUAGUUAUGCUGACAUGGACAUGGGAUUCAGAGCUUUCACCGGCUCUGGUAACCGCUUGGAUGGUAAGAAGAAAGGUAUUGAGCCCAGCCCAGCCCCUAUUGACCCAAGUGACAUCAAAAGAGGCAUCCCAAACUAUGACUACAAAGUUGGCAGGAUCACUUUCAUCAGGAACUCCAAGCCUCAGCCCAAGAAAAUCAUAGAUGAUGAUGACGCCAUGAACAGAUUCAUCGCCUUCUCCGGUGAAGGACAGUCCCUACGCAAGAAGGGGAGAAAGCCUUGAAAAUUUUUCAAGCGAAGAGACUGUGUGCACACGCUCACCACAUCCAUUGUACAUUCACCACAACAAAGUAAAAAAAAGAAACAGGCCUUCAAAAGUACAGGAAUUCUAUAUUUCUGUUUCUUGAAAGUUGCAGUUGUGCUAGUUGGGAUUAUUUUGAAUCAAAACUCUGGCAAUAAUGUAUUUUGCUGAACAUGCUGUGAAUGUGAGCGCCGUGAAAUGAGUGCUGCCAGUGGUAAUCCAGGGUUACUGGCUUGACCCAGACUCAACACUUAAUCACCAGGAAAAAAAAUGGUUUAUUCACAAAGCGUGGUUUUGAUAACAGAUUUGAAUAACCUCUCCCACAUUAAGGUGAACCAGAUAUAAUGGAUUUUUCCAGAGGGGUUGAGAUACACCUUUAUAUAAUUCAUUUGUAAAAUACUCCCUUGCAUUGUUUGCAACCUUGAAUCCCAAAAUCUUCCCUAACUCCUUUCCUUUUCCUUAAUGACAAAGUGGGAGCAGUAAAAGCUUGAUACUCCUGUUUUAUGAUAAUGGAAAUUCUCUUCCGUUUGAGUGUUUUUUGUUAUUGUUUUUUUUUUUUUUUUUUUUCAGAUCUUAGGUUGCAAAUUUCUCUUUGCUUGGUUUAUUUAUAGAUAUAAAUAAAUAAAAUACGGUGUUUUGAAAAUAA